AUGAUUGACCAUCAUAAAGAUCCUAAGAAUAAUAUGAGAUUCAGCAAAUUAGACGAUCAGAAAAAUCUGAAGAUUAUAUUCAAAGAGAGGAGAAAAGGUGGUCCACUUUCUCCUGUUUCUAUAAAUAGAGCAGCCACAGAACUCAAGUUGAUCAAACAAGAUUCAGCUCUCAAUAUAGUUUCUUGCUUGCCCACUCAGUUUCGUUUCCCCUCCAGUACACAAAUUUAUCCCAGGUAUCAAAAUAUGGACAAGGUACAAAAAUUAUCAUCCGAGAACGGUGUAGUUAUCUUUAGCAAAAAAGGAAAGGAAAUCGAAAAGGCUCUCUUGAGAAUGGGAUUCAAUGGCCCUGUCCCAGCAGUUUUCAUUUCUGGGAAACUCGUCGGAUCCACCAAUGAAGUAAUGUCCCUCCACCUAAGUGGUUCCCUGAUUCCACAGCUGCAGCCAUAUCAGGCUUCAAAUUAA